ACAACGAGUUUUUUGGGAAUGACUGCGCAUUUUUUAAGUUUGGAUAAAGUUACUCUUGACAGUGUCACAAUUGGUGUUGGAGUUGUCUGCCAGCCAUACAGCUGAGAAUAUUACCAUUUGGUUUGAACAUAUUCUUGUUCAAUGUGGUAUUCAAAAAAGCCAGAUUUUCACCGUCGUCACCGAUAAUGGGGCAAAUAUAUUAUCUGCCGUAAAUAAAACUUUUACCCCCGAUAAACAUUUGCCAUGUUUUUCCCACACCCUCAAUUUGGUUUCUGAAAGGGCACUGGCAAAUCUUCCCGAUGUGCAUCAUGUAAUAAAUAAAAUUAAAAGUAUUGUAACAUUUUUCAAUCAAUCGGUAGCGGCUUCCGACGAACUUAGAAAAUUGUGUGAUUUCAAAUUAAAACAAUCGGUAUCAACACGUUGAAACUCAAUUUAUUUUAUGAUUGACAGAUUCCUCUUAUGUUCGAACCACAUAAACUCUAUUCCAAAUAAGAUCAGGCUACGGCGGCGACCAGAUGUCGUCGGGCGGCGGUCAGGCCCCACCUAUUUUACUCCCCACUACAUCAACCACCUGUUCGACUGUAGCUCUACCGACGGCGGCGGUGUGUAACGUGCUGCAAUAUAACGCGACGACGCUUACAUGCUUACCGGUGAAUUACGCGCCAGUCCGUUUAAAACGAUUUUUUUUGUGAUUAUAAUUUGUGUUUUACGUAUUAUAUAAUGGGAGAUAAUACAGAAAUAAUUACGGGUGAUAUCCCUGAACUCGAAGGUUGUAUGCCUCUGCAGCCUGAAGAGGUAACUACUAUUUCUCCAACAACGAAAAAUAAAACUGGAAAAUGUGUGUCCAGUAGUCAAAAAAUAAUGAUUGUUAAUAUUUACAAGGAUAUCAUUUCUAAAACACCAGGCAUAAAAUAUUUGGAUAUUAUUAACCGUAUUAGAGAGUUAACUGGUUUGGGACGAGACACCGUAAAGAAUACUAUCAGUCAGUACAAAACCACAAAAACAGUAUCUUCUCCCAACAGGAAAAGAGCAAAGGCUUCACUGUUUGACAAAAUUGAUGAUCUUGACCGCACAGGAUUACGUCGGACAAUCCAUUCUGUUUGGUUAAAGCGUGAACUACCAACCAUCGACCGAAUUUUAUUUGAUGUCAACGCGGAUCCGUCGCUUCCAAAUUUUAAAAGAACAUCUUUGUAUCGUGUCAUCAAAAAAUUGGAUUUUGUAUUUGCAAAAAGAACAAGAUGCAGUGUGCUGACCGAGAGGGAAGACCUUAUUGUUUGGCGUCGCAAGUAUUUAUACGACAUUCGAAAAUACAGACAAGAAGGUCGAACUAUAUAUUAUCUGGACGAGACUUGGUUGAACGCCGGCGAUUGUGUCGAUCGUGUUUGGAAGGACAAUACGGUUCUCUCCAAACAUGAUGCAUUUAACAAAGGCCUCACAACCGGUGCAAAAAACCCAUCCGGUAAAGGGAAGCGACUCAUUAUACUACAUAUUGGGUCGGAGAAUGGUUUUCUGCCAGGUGGCCUGCUGUGUUUCAUUUCCAAAAAAAAUACCGGAGAUUAUCAUGACGAGAUGAAUGGGGAUAACUUCAAACAGUGGUUCGAGAACAUUCUCCCUUUACUUGACCCAAAUUCCAUUAUCGUCAUGGACAACGCGCCGUACCAUUUGGUAGAAUUGGAAAAAUAUCCAAAUACCAGUUGGAAAAAAGCAGCUAUAUUUGAGUGGCUCAGUUCCAAGUAUGUCGAUCGCGAACGACCGUUGUCAUCGUUAUUGAAAUCCGAACUUCUGGCGAUAUCAAACAAAAUGCGACCUGAUUCUAAAUCGUAUGUAAUCGACAACUUGGCCAAGGAUAACGGACAUACCGUACUCCGAUUACCACCGUACCAUUGCGAAUUCAAUCCCAUUGAAUUGGCAUGGGCGAUGGUAAAAGGAUACGUGAAGCAGAACAACACCACUUUCCAAAUCGACGAUGUUCGCCAACUAGUAAAUACAGCGAUUGAAAGGGUUACUCCUCAAAAUUGGAAAAAUUUUAUAAAACACGUCAUUGAAGAAGAGUGCAAAAUAUGGAAAGUGGACGAUAUCAUGGACGAUAUGAUAGAUUCUUUGGAACCUUGUAUUAUGACGUUAACAGGAGAAACAACCUCAUCAAAUUCUUCGGAGUAA